CCAUGUCUCCCGCACAGACCGCCAGGAGCUCUCUAGCUGCCAACAAGUACUUCUUAAAAAGUGUGCCAGGGGUGCUCAGUAUCCUGCAGCUGGCGAGCGGGGCCGGAUUCUGGAUCACGGUGGCCUCCAACCGCUACGGGGGCUCCAUCCACUUCGCUCUGUUCGUGGCUGUUUUCUUCUGGCUCGUAACUCUUGCCUUCUUUUUCGUCACUCUGCUGGACAAGCAGGAACUGGUGCCGGUUCUGGGUGGAGGUCGCUGGGUUUUGACCAACUCCGUCUAUGAUGCCCUGGCCACCGUCCUGCACAUCGCCGCUGCAUCUAUCAUGAUCACCAAGACCCAGGCUAACGAGUUCUGCAACCUGGAGACCUAUGCGCUGCCUUGUCUCUUCAAGGCUUAUAUGGUGGCUUCGAUCUUCGCCUGCCUCUGCUGCCCUCUUUAUCUGAUUUCCUGCCUCUACUUCUCUCUGAGGAAGUGCAGAGGGCACUUAAGUGUUAUCUAGAGAGGAUGAAGAUCCCGAACUCUUAGCUGCACAACUCACACGGAUCUCCACCCUUUCUUGGACUCUAAUGAAUGGCAGUUUCAUCGGAACUCAAAAGAGAGACUGUUGAGGAAUGGCAAGGGUUUUUUUUUUAUUUUUUUUUAAAACCAAAUUAUUUACAGUUAGGAAUUUAUGUGCAAAGCCACUUUAAAAUUGGACUGAUGCCAAAUGUGUUUAUUGCAUUUUUUUCUAGUUUAAUGUUUGCUUAAUCCAAAGUGUAUUCGGUAAUUUAACCAUUUAUGGUACUUUUUG